CUAUCGCGAGGACCCACAUUUUACGACGUUUCGCGCUAAAAGUCAGUCGGCUCGAAUUCGAAAUCCGUUUGGGUGAGCGACGAAGCAGACGAAAUUCCGCCAUACAUAAGAGCAUCAUGAACGUCGGCGGUGAUAUCACGCAACUGUCCUACAAGGAGCUGCAGGCCCUGGCCCUGAGGUACCAUAUACCGGGUAACGUUAAGAAGAAAGCAUUGAUCAAAGUCCUCCAAGCCGCCAAAAGCGGAAAUGAGGCGGAGUUCAGCCGACUACUGCAGGAAUUGAGGAAGAGUCGUAAGAGAAAGACUAGGAAGUCGAAAGAUUCCAGACUCGGGAUAACAUCGACGCCGUUGCACAGUCCAGAUUAUAUGAUGGCCGAUGACGACUAUUAUUGCCAACAACAGCAACAGCAGUCUCAGCAACAGCCGCCUUAUCAAUGGUGCUUCCCGUUUUUGCAGAUCGGCGCCGAGGAGGAGAUCGUGAGCAAGGACGACGACACCAAGAUCCCGCAUUACGAGGAAUUCAAGCAGUUCCUGCUCAAGAGAAUUCAACGGGAGUUUCAGGCUUGCGACAACAACAACAACCAGGUGCAAGAUUUGAGUAUCAUGGAUUUGCGAACCACACCGAUGCCGCCCAAUUUGCAAACAAUUCCUCUCGACGAGUCGAAUUAUCCCAAAGCAAAUUUGAUGAAUCACAUGGAUCCUUUGGCGAUCUCGUCAAACGACAGGCCGAGCUACGAGAUUUUGAAGGAGCCCGAGAGCAGUUCGCAGGGCUCCUUUCUGCUGAAGAGAAUGUUGCAGGCGCCAGUGGGUGCCAAUUUAGGCGAGAUCGCCAGCUCGCUCUUCUGGGCUAGCAAUCUGUUGGAUAAUUCCGACACUCUGACUGCCGAAUCGGAGAACAACGAGAACGAGAAUCAGCUCGAGACCAAUACCAAUGAGUACUAUGGCUUAUUGAAAAACACUAGAAGCGAGUUUUUGUUAAACGAAGCGAAUCUGAUGUCUCAACAAGUUCCAAACGCGAUGACCAACGAUGAUCAGUACAGGUUUCCCAACGACGUGGACAAUCGGCCGAAUUCUUAUCAGAACUGGACGAUCACCAGCGUGAUGGAGGUGCCUGAUACCGAGCUCCAGUCUUCCAAGGUGUAUCACACGAUCUACUAUAACAAUACAGAUCCUGCCGUGGCUACCCCAAACGUAGACAACAAUUUAACUUAUCAAUAUCAGACUGAUACCACCUACAACGGCAGCCAAAACUUCUUGAACUUUGACGCACAGGACCCUAAUUACGGCACAGACAUGAUAGUUAAUGAACCUAACGAUAUUUAUUAUCUGCAAAAUUUUGGCAAACAUAACGGGGAGAUGGGAACAGGUUAUUUCCGCAACGUGGAUACUUUUGGACAGCAAAACAAUGUGCAGCAAAAUACUUAUACGAACGAUCAGCAGUAUCAGUAUCAUUAUCCUCGGUUUACUCAAGAGACGAGCAAUUCAUUGAACGAGAGACUGGAUCAGCAGCAACACAAUGUUGUGGCAGGGAUGGAAAACGGCGUUAAUCAUGAAAUUAAUGCGACGAAUAUGCAGAGACCAGCAUUUGGACCGAUAGAGCCAUUCUGGCCGAAGUGGAGCGCCGAGACCAGCAGCAAUCUGGAGAAUGUCCUGAACUACCAAGUGUCCAAGCAAGUGGAUUACACCAAGUUGAGUCAGACGUCCUGCGUUUACUGCUACGUGGCCCCGAUCGUGUCGCAACGAUCUAGCUUGACGAACAGCGGCUGCUGCUCGGUGGAACGAAGAUACACAGCUGAACAACGGCAGCACUCCUUCUCGCCUUACUGGAUGUUGUACAACGAUGCGUCGCAGGGUAUGCGGAUGACAAAUAUACCCAACGAUUCAUUUGUGCAACAUGCGACGACGACGAUGCACACGACCACCAGCAACGACAUCCUGAAGGAGAUGGUCGGCGACGUUCCCGAGGCUCCCAUCAACGACGUGUGGAUGAAUCAAUACGAGUCAUCGUCAAUCGGCGACGACAUUACCGUCCCAAUCUCGGAUUCACUCUUUUGCAAUGACAUUUCGAGUGCGCCAACGAAGACUUAAAAAAUUCUCAGUAUUUAUGACAAUUAACAGACAAUAAGUAGAUUAAAUUUUUGUGAUAGGAAUUAAUAACGUUCUCUCUAUAAGUCAUAGAAUGACGAUAAAAGACUAUUUUUUUCGGAACAACUAAGAUUUUUUCAGCUGCGAAAGAAUCUCUGGAUCGUUGUUAUUUCGACUCGGAAUUGGGACAACCGAAGUUUCUUUCCUUCGCGAACCGCAAUGAUAUUUAAGUAAUUAUUUUGCGAGACUGCCAUUGGCACACGAGACCCCAAUAACACGCUCUUCCACGUUUCUGUAUUACUUCUAGUGAGUGAUUAUUUUGCCGACUUGAAACGACAAUGAUAUACGAACACAGAUCAAUAACAGAUGGAAAAGUGGAAGCUGAGUAAUCGAUUACUUAGGAGAUAAAUUACCGAAUCUAUCUCUGAUCGUACAUUUUUUCAGCUUCGAAUUGUACUUUGGAUACUUUAUUUUGAACAAAUAUAUAAACGCUUCAAGAUUCUAUAUUUUAAAAGUAAAAUAGAGGUAAAUGCAUUAUAUCAUAGAUCAGAGAUAGAUUGAUAAAAUACUUAUAUUAAUUAAGUAUGUGAAAUAUCAUUUACGUAAAAUAUCUCGCAAUAUGAAGAGGAUUACAAUUUUUUUAUACUAGAAAAAGAAAGAAUUAGGACUUUUAUAUUAUAUAUAGGAUAUUACAUCCUAUAUAUUAUAUAGAACAUAGCAAGGUAAAUAAAUCAUGAGAAAAAUGAGAAAGAAUUAUAUAG